UCCUAUCAUCAGGUAUUCCUGAGAAUACAGCAAGUAUCAACGCACAGCCAACCAAUGCUACCACUGCAAAACAUGCAAAGAGUAAUGAAAGCAUUACCACUGCUGGGUCGGCUUUAGCUCUAAACAUGGCAGAAGCUAAUUCAACAAAGAUCCCAGAGAAGUCGCUCUCAACUCCAGCAGGAACUAAUGGCACAAAUAACGCUCUUGUGUCACCUCCAGUUCCAGCAAGAACUAAUGGCACAAAUGCCACUCCUGUGUCACCUCCAGCCCCAGCAGGAACUAAUGACACAAAUGACACUCCUGUGUCACCUCCAGCCCCAGCAGGAACUAAUGGCAUGAAUGACACUCUUGUGUCACCUCCAAUUCUACCAGGAACUAAUGGCACACAUGACACUCUUGUGUCACCUCCAUCUCCAGCAGGAGCCAGUGGCACAAAUGACACUCUUGUGUCACCUCCAGCACCAGUCGAAGACAAUACAAGAGCCAGCUCCCCUAGGUUGUCUGCAUCACCAGUGGGAGCUAAUACAGCAGACAACACACCUGGGUCAACUACAAUUCCAGAAAGAACAGGACCGAAUGCUACUAAUGGAACCACACAAAGUUCUGGCAGCGCUGGAGGCAAGGACAAGAUAGUGGACAGCUCCCCUUUUUCUAACGUUAUUUUGCCAGUUGUGAUUGCCUUAAUAGUAAUAACUUUGUCUGUAUUCAUUCUGGUGGCCUUGUGCAAAAUGUGCCGGAAGACAACCCCAGAGAGGCAAGAGAAUGGAACCGAACAAGCCCCAUCAGAUAAAGAGGGUGUCAAACUUCUUUCUGUGAAGACAGCUUCUGAGACUGGAGAGCACUCCUCUCGGGAAGAAUAACACCUAACAACAUGAUGAAUCCUCUUCACACCUGGGCAAUAAAUAUGUCUGAAGCUAUCUGGUUUACUGCAGAAGCUGCAGUUCCCACUGGAAGCAAAUGGAUGAACUGCAGCUUCUAAGACAGGAAGAACAGUUAUGUUCUUUGGUUUUUUGGCUAGCUCUUAAUUUCUGUGCUUUAAAAUGUUUCUUGGGUUUUUUUUGGAAAGACUUAUUUUUUUUAAAUGGUCUUAU